UGUACAUGUGCUAUGAAGAAAACACCAAUUCAAUCUCAACUUAGUCUUCAAUCCCAUACAAACCUAACCAUUUUUUAACCCCUUCAUAGAACAGCAAUACAAUAGUACUGAAUACUAACACAUGGCAACAUUUAUGGUUUCAAACAGAGUUCCUUCUUUGUCAAACUGCAGUACAAGAAGAAUUUCUGCUACAAUGAAUGUGCCAAAGAUCCAAGUGACCAAAAUCUCCACCCCAAAGCUUCCCAGCAAAAUUUUGGUUCCACAAUUGAAUCAGCUAAACAAUUACACUCUAGGUACCGCCACAGCACAUGUAAAAGAAGAUCCUCACCUUUUAGGCAUUUACACAAACAGUUCUCCAGAACCUAGAAAAAACACACCAAAUCAUUCUAUGGAGGUUGUGAAGCUUCACUUGAUCAUGGAGAAUGUAGCAGACAGAAUGGAGAUGCACAAGAAUAUUGGAGCACAGCGUGAUAAUUGGAACCACCUUCUACUGACAUCAGUUAACAUGAUGAUUCUCUCUGCUGCAUCCAUGGCUGGCCUUGCAGCUGUUGCUUCAAGUGGAGCAGCACCUCUGGUGGCUCUGAAAGUUUCCUCCACAAUUCUGUACAUGGCUGCCACUGGCUUACUAGUGAUCAUGAACAAAAUCCAGCCAUCACAGCUAGCAGAGGAGCAGAGAAAUGCUGCUAGGUUGUUCAAGUAUCUUCAUGAGGAACUCAGAACAAAGCUUGCUCUUGGGAAUGGGGGUUUUACUGAAAAUGAUGUUGAUGAAGCAAUGGAAAAAGUUUUGGCACUGGACAGGGCCUACCCACUUCCUUUGUUAGGCACAAUGCUAGAGAAAUUCCCUCAAACUGUGGAACCAGCAGUGUGGUGGCCUAAAUGGAAGAAGCAAAGGAAGAAUCAAACACAAGAAGGGUUUGGUGUGAAAUUGAAAGGGAAUAAUGGAUGGGAUGCAAGGUUGGAAGAGGAAAUGAAACAGAUUGUGAAGGUUUUGAGGAAGAAGGACAAGGCAGAUUACUUGAGGUUGGGUAAGGAAGUUCUGAACCUUAACAAGAUACUUGCAGUUUCUGGUCCAGUACUCACUGGAAUUGCAGCUUUGGGUUCAUGUUUCUUGGGUUCUGUGAAUUCAUCUUGGCCUGUGAUGCUUGGGAUUAUUGGUGGAGCUUUGGCAAGUGUUGUUAACACAUUAGAGCAUGGUGGGCAAUUUGGGAUGGUGUUUGAAAUGUACAGGGCAAAUUCUGGCUUCUUUAAGUUCAUGGAAGAGAGUAUAGAGCAAAAUGUUAAUGAGCAAGACACUGAUAGAAGAGAAAAUGGGGAAUUGUUUGAACUCAAAGUAGCUUUACAGCUUGGUAGGAGUGUCUCAGAACUCAGGCAAUUUUCUGCUGCUGCAUUUUCAUCCUCAGCUGAAGAUGGUGAUAGUCAAGAAUUUGCUAGCAAGCUUUUCUAGUAUUGUUGAUUACCAUGUCACUUUUUUUAUUUUUGUAAAUAAAUUUGUAGAGUUUAACUUUUGUUCAUGUUAUUCAUCAAUCAAAUUCAACAAGUUGAUAAGCAAGAGCAAAAUUGAAAAUUAACAA